GCGAGAGCGAGAGAGCGAGAGCGAGAGGAGAGAGAUGUCUUCAGUCUGAUGCGGACCUUCAGAUCGGAGAGAUUAGCUCCACAAAUGAAAGAGAAGAGAGACACUGACCCAGAUGACGAGUUAGGCCAUGGAGUGCUCCAUCCGACAUGAAGAUUUAUCUGUUUUGUUACAUUGUAGUAGCAUGCAUGUCUUAAAACCUUCCUGUGGACAUGCAUGUUGAAGGUGGCGUGAGUGUAAGCGGGUAGUGAUGGUGCUCAACAUGUCUGAGGAGGAAGUGACCAACUGUACCAUCAACCAUAAAGUCCACCAGUACGUCUUCUCCAGUGUGUACAUUCUGGUGCUCACGGUUGGUAUUCCCUCCAACAUCUACUCUCUGUACCACGCUGCUGUGCAGCUGAAGCAGAAGAACGAGCUGGGAGUUUAUCUGAUGAACCUGACAGUGUCUGAUCUAUUGUACCUGGCAUCCUUACCACUGUGGCUGCAGUACUUCUUCCAGGAUGAUGACUGGAGCCACAGAGAGUGGUUGUGUCAGCUCUGUGGUUUCCUGCUCUAUGAGAACAUCUACAUCAGCAUCGGUUUCCUGUGCUGUAUCAGCCUGGAUCGCUACUUGGCUGUGGUCUACCCUUUAAGGUUCACCUCCCUCCGCUCCAUGCGUACAGCGUGGCUGGUGAGCUCCUUCGUCUGGCUGAAGGAGAUCGCUGUGGGUGUGGUUUUCUUCCACCAUAAAGAACUGAGCAAAGACAUCAACAACCAAUCGGUGUGCUUCGAGCACUACCCCAUGCAGCCGUGGGAGUAUCCCAUCAACUAUUACCGCUUCACUAUUGGCUUCAUGUUUCCUCUGGCUAUUUUAUCGAUCAGCUACCUGUGUGUUCUGCGCGCCGUGGGUCGGAGCGCCGGGACGCAGCCAGAUCAGAAGACCAGGAUCAGGCAGCUGGUCGGCAGCACCAUCCUCAUCUUCCUCGUCUGCUUCUCCCCCUACCACGUCUUCCUGUUGGUACGCACCAUGCUGGAGCGAGACUGCAACUUCAUUGCAGGAAUAUUUAACUACUACCACCUGUCAUUGUUGCUGACCAGUCUGAACUGUGUGGCGGACCCCGCUCUGUACUGCUUCGUGAGCGAGAGCGCCCGCCGCGGCCUGUACAGAGUCGUUUUCAGGCCUAUUGGUAGGAUACUGUGUUGCUGCUGCCGCUGUGGCAACGCCAGCCCCAGCAACCCCCCCACAGACUCCAACGAGGUCGCCACCGACGAGAACAAUGGACAUCCAACGGUGAUGCUGCUCACACACACAAAGACGCCCAACAAUUUAGAAAAAGAAACUUCCAGCAAAAAGACGAUUUUAAUCACACAGACUGGAGAAAAAACGACUAUACGCUUAGUUGUAAAUGGACACUCUGACAAAUGUGUGGACAGUGAUGGGGAGCCCAGCUGUGUGAUAGCCGUGAAUGAGCAGAGCCAAAAGACCAAAGAGAUUGAAAAGAACUCUAUCUAAAUCAAUCCGAGAGCAAUCAGAGACCUUAGAGGCCGAACAGCAGCGGCCCUAAUGAAAGCCUGCUGCCGACCCAAAUCUGUUUACACCCCCCCAAUGGCUUUGGACUGAAAGCAUUUUUCUUCUUCUCUCUCUGGGGCAAUUCUACUGAGCUUUGAUACAACAGUAUAUGAGAGCUCAACAUGAAUCUGAGGUCCAAUUUGCCUCUCUACUGGAGUUGUACUUAAUUACCUUGAAUGAAUUGGGCAUUUCCAUAGCAAACCCUUAAGCUGGUACGCGGUAAAACGGCUUUACGCUGAUGUUAACCUUGUGUUUCUAUGGAGAGUGCGAUGCCGCCCGACUAGGUGGAAUAGCUAUACUUGGAGUCGAUACCAUACAAUUACCAUAACGUAACUUGUUAAACCACAGUAUUAAAACAAAAAGUGCCAUGUGCAACCACAAUAGAUCAGAUAACUCUAAGUUUCAUUCCAGUCUAGUCCGCAGGCUCUGUAAGGGUUUGCAUUUCACUUGUGCUUUGUGUGUAAAAGUGACCUAAAAUGUAUCUUUAGGCAAGGUCUCAUUGACAGUUGAGUAGAACGAUAUCAUUGUACAGUUUGUCAUGCACCCUGACCAGGGUUGGACAACAUUAUUCAUCUUGGGAAAUGUGUCACUGAGGCAUGGAUUCAUGUCCAAUACGUUUCUUUAUCAUUCACAGAAAAGUGUCUGAUGGCAGGUUCAUGUGGGACUUUGGAAAUACCACAGUGUCCCGAUUCAGUUCUGAGAAUGGCGGCUAAACUUGAGCUUUUUAUAUAUAUAUAUAUACGUAUUUAUAUGAACUAUAUAUUAAAGUUGUCUACAAACAUGACAUAUAUCUAA